AUUUCUUCCUUCACCACCACCACUACCCAUUUAUCCGGUGGUAGUAGUGGCUGUUUCCGGUCAGCCUCCGCCGUGAAUAUGGGGCAGGGACUUAGCUGCAGAGUGCAAGAUGAACAUGGGCUAUUUACAGCCGUACAAUAUGGUGAUAUAGAACUAGUGAAAUGUGUUGUUGAAAAAGAUCCAUCUUUGAUUCAACAAACUACUGUUUAUGAUCGUCAUUCUCUUCUUCAUAUUGCUGCUGCCAAUGGUCAGAUCGAGAUUGUAACUAUGCUGUUGGAAGAUAGAUCAGUGAAUCCUGAUUCUUUAAAUCGUCAUAAACAGACUCCAUUGAUGUUGGCUGCAAUGCAUGGAAAGCUUAAUUGUGUUGAAAAGCUCAUUGAAGCCGGGGCUAAUAUUUUGAUGUUUGAUUCACUAAAUGGAAGAACUUGUUUGCACUAUGCUGCUUAUUAUGGUCAUUUUGAUUGUCUUGAAACCAUUCUUUCGGCUGCUCGGACCUCCCAUGUUGCUGCUUCUUGGGGAUUUUCAAGAUUUGUGAAUAUUAGAGAUGGUAAAGGGGCUACCCCUUUGCAUUUAGCGGCCCGUCAAAGACGUUCACAGUGUGUUCAUUUACUUCUAGACAGUGGGGCUCUUGUUUGUGCCUCAACAGGUGGCUAUGGUUUUGCUGGCAGCACACCACUUCAUUUGGCUGCAAGAGGGGGUUCGAUGGAUUGCAUUCGUGAAUUACUGGCAUGGGGUGCAGAUCGACUUCAGAGAGAUGCAUCUGGGAGAAUUCCAUAUUUGGUUGCUUUAAAGCAUAAGAACGAUGCUUGUGCCGCUUUAUUGAAUCCAUCAUCUGCAGAGCCUUUGGUGUGGCCAUCACCAUUAAAAUUCAUUAGUGAGCUUAAUCAAGAGGCAAAAGCUUUGCUUGAACGGGCUCUAAUGGAAGCUAACAGGGAGAGGGAGAAAACAAUAUUAAAAGGCACAGGUUACUCUGUACCUUCUCCAUCACAUUCAGAUAGUGGAACUGCCGAUGAUGAUAAUAUCUCCGAGGUAAGUGAAACGGAAUUAUGUUGUAUAUGUUUUGACCAAGUAUGCACAAUUGAAGUCCAAGAUUGUGGUCACCAAAUGUGCGCACAAUGCACCCUAGCCUUAUGCUGCCACAACAAGCCCAACCCAACCACAGCGUCCCUUACUGCACCCGUCUGCCCAUUUUGCCGUAGCAACAUUGCCCAAUUGGUUGUUGCAAAAGUCAAAGUCAAUGCCAACACCGCUGACCAAGACCUUGACCUCUAUUCCUCUACUAAACUACCAAAAUUACGAAAGGCUAGAAACUUUAGUGAGGGAAGCAGCAGCUUUAAGGGUUUAACGGGUGUACCAUCGUUUGGGAAAAUGGUUAGCCGUGGCUCCGGAAGGAUAUCUGCAGAUAAUGCAUGCAUUGAUAAACCAUAAAAUAGUCAAAUUCAGUCACUUCAAAAUGCGGCAUAGAAAAAUUAGCUGAAGAGAGUCCGGGCCCGAGACAGGUAUUUGUGGAAAAAUGUCUUCUUUCUACUCUUUGUGAAGAUAUCAUAAUAAGCAAGAAACAUGAUUUUUUGCAGAAAUGAGAUGGUGGGCGUUGUUUCUUUGUAAUCUUUUUCAUGUAUUACUUUACCUUCAAGAUGCAGCAUAUGCCUCUUUAGAAAAAGUAUUCUUUUUCCCCCAUUUGAAGGUUAGAAAAAUGCAUAUAAACUGGUCUUCCAAAUUCUUAAAGAUUGUUCCCUAAUCACAUUUCUUAAAGACAGGCACACUUCAAAAGUGAAAAUGGUGAGUGGUAAUUUGGACCCCACCUUUUGUAAUGUUGCUGCUUGAUCGAGUAUGGAGUGUAGCAUUGUAUAAUGUAAAAAAUCUUGGUUUUCUUAUUUCUAUGUAUACUUUGUAAUAAAUGAUUGAAUUUUCUGGUA